CUCAUUUUCCACACUAAUUAGUGAUAGUGACCAUAUCUUUAAACCAGUACUGUUUUCUGUCAUGUAUGAGUUUAUGUGAUUAGGUCUUUUCUUAUAAACCCGUUUUGUUUUGCUCAAAGCUGAAAGUCUCCCGAAGAGAAGGACUCUGCUCAUUUAAGCUCAGACAGAGUCAACCAGACAGCACUAUGGCUUCGGACUCUGACAGACCGGGCUUCUGUUUGGUGGACUAUGUGGUGUUUGCCGCUAUGCUGGGGGUGUCGGUGGCCAUCGGGCUAUUCCAGUCUCUGAGGAAGACCACGGGUCGCUCUAACGUGGACAGCUUCUUCACAGGGGGAAGGGGUUUCUCCGCUGUGCCGGUUGGACUGUCGCUCUGUGCCAGCUUUAUGUCAGCUGUCCAAGUGCUCGGUGUGCCAUCAGAGGCAUAUUUAUAUGGCUUUAAGUUCCUCUAUAUGUGCCUGGGACAAGCACUCAACUCCCUCAUUACUGCAGUUCUGUUUGUUCCCGUGUUUUUCCGGCUCAAAAUCACCAGCUCAAAUCAGUAUUUAGGAAUGAGGUUUGGCAGAGGGAUGCAGCUCUUGGGAAGUUUACAGUUCAUUGUAGCCACACUUCUCUACACUGGAAUAGUAAUCUUUGCUCCUGCAGUCAUUCUGAAUCAGGCCACAGGCCUAAAUAUGUGGGCAUCUCUCUUCUCAACUGGACUCAUCUGUACAUUUUACACGACAGUGGGUGGUAUGAAGGCUGUAAUCUGGACAGAUGUGUUUCAGAUUAUAGUCAUGCUCUCUGGGUUCGUCGCGGUCUUCAUUCAGGGCACCAUUUUGGCAGGAGGGCCUGCCAGAGUUUUGGAGAUCGCCAACAAUGGAUCCCGCAUCAAUUUUAAUGAUUUUGUGAUAGACCCUCAGAGGCGCUACUCCUUCUGGAGUUUCACAGUGGGCGGCACUAUGGUCUGGUUAUCCAUGUACGGAGCCAAUCAAGCUCAAGUGCAGCGUUACAUAUCAUGCCAGACUGAGAAACAAGCCCAACUGGCGCUGCUGGUUAAUCAGGUUGGUCUGUGUCUGAUUGUGAGCAGUGCAGCCACAUGUGGCAUUGUGAUGUUUGCUUUAUACUCCAGCUGUGACCCUCUGAAGACCGGCAGGAUAUCUGCUCCUGACCAGUACAUGCCAUACCUGGUUUUGGACAUUUUCCGUAAUCAUCCAGGCUUCCCGGGUCUUUUUCUAGCCUGUGCCUACAGUGGAACUUUAAGUACUGUCUCUACCAGCAUUAACGCCAUGGCAGCAGUUACUAUGGAGGAUGUAAUGAAGCCGUGGCUAAUCACUGUUUCACAGAGAAAACAGCUCUUGCUCUCCAAGUUAUUAUCACUGUUGUAUGGGCUUGGCUGCAUUACAAUGGCUGCCCUCUCCUCCCUCCUGGACUGGGGAGUCCUUCAGGGUUCGUUCACAGUCAUGGGGGUAGUGAACGGUCCACUCCUGGGAGCAUUUGUGCUGGGAAUGUUUGUUCCAGCCACAAAUAAACCAGGGGUGUUCUCAGGAGUGGCUGUUGGUUUCUGUCUGUCUCUAUGGCUUGCCGUUGGAAGCACAAUUUAUCCUCCUACACCAGAAACAAUGGGCGUUUUACCCACUAGUGCUGGUGACUGUCUGGCAAGUAAUGCAACAUUUAACAGCACCAUUACGGUCAAUGAAUCUUCUAUCUUGGGAUCAUCAGUACAUCUGGAUCAUGGCCUUCAAAAUAUCUAUUCAAUAUCAUACCUGUACUUUGGAGCCCUGUCAACAAGUGCAGUCGUGCUGGUAGGUGUGGUGGUUAGUUACAUUACAGGACCCACCAAGAAGGGUUCUAUCAGUCCUGGUUUGUUACGAUGGAACUUGGGACAAAAGACAUGCAAUGCAUCCUGUCAUAACUUGAAUGAAACUACGGCAAACAAUCCCACAGAAAUCCUUCUCAGUCCAAAAGAACUUUUUGCCAAUGCUGAAAAACAUGACGUUUUACUGAACAAAGGUGAUGUUUAUGCAGGUGCAGGAUCGGCUUUGUAAAGUAAAACAACUUUUCUAUUUUCAGACACAACUUUUAGAAAAAUUGCAUUAAUUGUUGAAAUGUCAAACAACGUUACAAUUUAACAUAAUGCAGAUUACAUUCUGUACAGUCUCUCAUAUCAAAACCGUCAAAGCCAUGCUGAUUUUGAAUGGCAUUGCUGAAUACCUGACCAUCAUCACCUGUUUUCAAAGUUGAUUUCUUGACCUAUUAAACAAUAGUGCCUUCUUUCACGGUACAAAAUCAUGCACAGUAGGUUUCUGUUCAUCAUACACCUGCGUCGCACCUGUAUGUCAGUUCACUUUCAUUCCUAGCCAAGUACAGAAGACAGCAUAAGCAUGCAUUUAAUCAACUGAAUGAUUCUAAUAGAGAUAUAUCAUUAUGGGUCUUUUCUAAAUUAUCUAAUAACUUUGAAAGUAUUAGUCUGAAACGAGAGAACAUGCAGAAAGAUACAUGUUAACAGAUUUUAAAUAUACCACAAUAAUAAAUAAUGGCACGCAGGGAUAUUAUUUCUGUGUCUAAAGCUAUAAAACAAGGCUCAUUAUUGGGAUAUUAAUUGCUCAGCACUUCUAAGCUCUGAGCUAUGACUUAGAAAAGUCACCCAAAUAUGCCAGAAAGUCCUUAAAAAAAACCUAAAAGUCAAUCAAGAUUAAGUUUUCUCAGUGAUUGUUUUGAAUCAGUACUUUUAGUGCAUAUUUUGAAUAUUUGUAUAAUUGUACCUGUAUCGCAUAGAUAAGCUGUUACAUGAUGGCAUGCCUGUGUCACAUUCACAAUAAAGCGAAAUGUCAACACUAAUAUCAGGUUCAAAUAAUACUUUCUGAUGAAAACUGUUUAAA